UAUCACUAGUUUAUAAAAAUAGAACAUUAAAAUAUCUCAGACUCUGGUCAUACUGGGAAUUUGAAUAAGGUUGACUCAUGGGGUUAAACUUGAUCCAUGACAUUGUAAACAACUUGCUGAACUUCUGGGAAGUCUGAAAAGAGAAACGUCAAGCAAAUACAAUAUUAGGUGUGAACUGCCUCUUGGAGGAGCUGCAACAGCAAAACUCCACAGAUCCAUUGUCUGGGAAUAGAAAUACUGAGUGUGGAUAUGGGUUCAGCAAUAGUUGUGUAUGACCUUGCACUAAUACGGGAAUUAUGGGAAUGCAGAGUGAGGAAAUACAAGCAGCGACAGAAGAAAGAACAGGAGCGCUUGGAAAAAAGUGCACUAGCACAGUUGAAUCAACAAUGGCAAUAUCGACUUGAAUGCAAGAAGAGAGCCCUUCAACUAUCAGCUCAGAGAGGCAUGGCAAAUGAGUUUUCAGACUUUCAGCUCUAUCAGGAACAAGAAAAAAAACCACUGUCAUAUGAGCGCAUAUCAGCAGACUCAGGAACUGAGAGUGAUUUUGAGGAAAAACUACUUAUUUUUGAGCUAAGUGGAGAAUACUGGAAGGAGUUCCCUGAAUCAUUAAUAGAAAUGACUGACCUCCGAGUAUGGCGAAUAACAAGAACCAGCAUACAUGAAAUUCCAGUGUAUAUCGAACAUUUUCAAGAUUUGAGAGUACUGGAACUGCCCAGAAAUUGCAUCACAGAACUCCCGGCUGAAAUUGGGAAACUCAUUUACCUUAAGGAACUGAAUCUGAGUUAUAAUAAGCUGUCUAGUAUUCCUCCUGAACUUGGAGAAUGUGAGAACUUGGAGAAACUUGAAUUAAUUGCAAACCUGAACCUUUGGGAACUGCCGUUUGAGCUCAGUAAUCUGAAAAAACUCAUAUACUUGGAUUUAUCGGCCAAUAAAUUUCACACCAUACCUGUCUGUGUUCUCCGGAUGUCAGGACUCCAGUGGUUUGAUAUCAGCAAUAAUCUGUUGAAAGAGCUACCAGAAGAUAUUGACAGGUUGCAAGAAUUAAAUUCCUUUUUCCUCCAGAAGAACAUAAUGACGUACUUGCCCAAUUCACUGUGUAAUAUAUCAACACUCUCUAUGAUUGUUGUAAGUGGAGACCAUCUGGUCAGCAUGCCAACAGCCAUCUGUUGCAGCCCCAAAAUUAAAUUCAUCAGCCUGUUUGAUAACCCUCUUCAUUCUGUGGAAGGGAAGUUAGAAGAUGAGUCUGAGGAAGAAGACAGAAGUCAGAAGGAGAAGGAGAAAGAGUUUAUGCAGACAUAUGUUGAAACCCUUAAGAACAGAGAAACUGCUCCCAGUUACACUACCAAGGUUUCUCUGACCUGUCAUUUGUAAUGAGAUUGAAUAACUUCUGAAGACUGACGAAAGGGGGAUCAUUCUGGAUAGAAGAUGGUGGUGAAAAUUGGGAAUAUUUAUUUUAGAAGAAAGUACUGUCUUUCUAAGGUUAUGAAGUUCUUAUGAGAAAACAAUAUAAGAAAAAUAAAUUCACAAUCAAACAUUGCUGUUAGGAUGACAUUUAAAAGAUUUUUAAAUGUCUUUGGAUUCAUCGAGGUGGAUGCUGCACAUUGGUGGUGGUGGAGGGGA